CACAUGAAAGCAGCAUUACACACGAGACCUGUUUGAUUUUGUUGUGUUGAAAACUUAAAUAUCUGUUAUCAUUUCAGCACCUCCUCCACUGCUGAUGUUCCUGCUGAUCCUCUCAGUGGGGCGAUUUACUCAAGGGCAACAAGAAACAUUGAAAACGAACCAAGUGGUGAAUAAUCCUAAAUGUUCACCAUGAAUGAUGACCGGAAAAGAAGACAAUUUGCUGAAAAUAUCAUGUUAUUCAGUGAUAUAGUAACAGAUGCACUGAAAAAUAUAUUUUAACUGUAUGUAUUACUCUUUUUCAUGUUGUGCCUCAUUCCUACAGGAAUUUAAGCAUAUGUCUGUCCUUGACUGAGCAGAGAGAAAAAAACAGUAAAUAUGUCUGAGCUGAGUCAUUAAGUCCACAGACUCCACCCACACAGAGAACUGUUCCUGCUUUCAUGUAAAAAACAAGGAAAGAAACUUCAUGAAACAUCGACAUACAGGAUCAGUGGACUUAAUUACUCAGAAAUACAGCAAGAUUCAAAUAAAUACAAUCAGCAGUUGAAGACUAAAGAGAGAGACGGAGAACAGGAGAAGAAAACAAAAUAUCAUCAUGUCUGACACUGAGAGCAAAGUGACUCCUGUCAAAAAGCCUACUGUUAGGAAAACACGGAGCAAAGGACUUCCCCCUUUAAUGAGUGAUUUGAGGAUUGUUGUGCUGGGGACGAAUGCUUCAGAAAACAGUCGAGUGGGAAACUUCCUGUUAGGAAGAGCAGCGUUUGAGACUGAAGAACCUCCAGAUGUUGUAGAGAGAGUUGGAGGAAAACACAUGACAGUCAUCAACACUCCAAACAUCUCACUCCAUCAGAUGACACAGAGAGUGAGAGAGUGUGUGUAUCUGUCUGCUCCAGGACCUCAUGUGAUCCUUCUGGUACUGAAACAUGAUCAGUGUUCAAGAGAAGAGAAAGAGUGUGUGGAGAUGCUGCUCAACUCUUUCUCUCACAGUGUUUUUCAACACACCAUGAUGAUCACCACACAAGAGUCACACACUCAAGUCAAUGACAUUAUACAGGAAAUCAUUGAUAAAUGCAACAACAGACACUUCAGACUGGAGAGAAACAGCACUCCUGCUCAACUGAUAGAGAAAUGUGAAGAGAUUGUACACAGUAAUGGAGGACAACAUCUGAUCUGUACUGAAUAUGAAAGUUCACAGUAUUUCACAAUGGAACAACAGGACAGAGAAAGAGGCUUAGAAGAAGACACAGAUUAUGUGAGGAUUGUGCUGCUGGGAAAAACUGGAGUUGGGAAGAGUUCAACAGGAAACACAAUCUUAGGAAAAGAAGCAUUUAUAGCAGAAGAAUCUUCUGACUCAGUGACCAGUGAAUGUCAGAGAGAAACAGCAGAAAUCAAUGGCAGACACAUCACUGUGAUUGAUACUCCAGGACUGUUUGAUACUGAACUCAGUCAUGAAGAGAUCCAGAGAGAAAUCACUAACUGCACCUCAAUGUCACUGCCUGGACCUCAUGUGUUCAUUAUUGUGUUGAAUAUAGAACAACGUUUCACUCAAGAUGAGGUAAAAUCAGUGAAGAUCAUUCAGGAGAUGUUUGGUGAAAACUCUUUAAUGUACACCAUGAUACUCUUCACCAGAGGAGAUUGUCUCAAGAAAAAAACCAUUGAACAGUGUUUGGGAAAACCAGGAUCUAUCAUUAGAAACCUGAUUGAAGAGUGUGGAAACAGAUUCCAUGUGUUCAAUAAUAAUGAGACUAGAGAUCACACACAGGUUUCUGAUCUACUGGAGAAAAUAGACGCCAUGGUGACAGCAAACGGAGGCAGUUACUACUCAUGUAAGAUGUUCAGACAGAUGGAGAGAGAUCUACAAGAAAAACUAAUUAACAUACUGAUGGAGAAAGUCGAGAAACUGAACAGAGAGAGGGAACUCUUGACCAAACAUGAACAAGAGAUGAAAAGAGAACGAAAGAAACUUAAAAAUGAAAUUGAGCAGAUGAGGAAAGAAAAAGAGAAAGCUAAAGCAGAAAAAGAAAAUCACGACAAACAGAUGAACAGUAUGGAGAAUGAAAGACAGCAACAUGAGAAAGAGAUGAAGACAAGAGAAGAACAAUAUAAAACAGAAAUGAAAAGAGAACGAGAGGAAUGGGAGAGACAGAAACACGAUGAAAAGCAGAGAAGAGAAGAUGAGAAAAGGAUGGAAGACAAAAAACAAGUUUGUGAUGAACAGAAUCAGAGACAUAGUAGUGAAAUGGAGGGAAUUAUGAGAGAGAAAGAGAGAAUAGAAGAAAAUAAACAAAAACAACAAGAACAAGUGGAGAAAAAUGAACUGCAAGUGCAAGAAGAGAGAAACAUGAGAGAAGAGCAACAAAAGACUUCUGAAGAAAAGCUGAAUCUUGCUGAAGAACAGAGAAAAGUUGAACUAGAGAGAAAACAAGUAAAGUGGAGAGAGGAGAUGAAGAAGAUCUGGACUGAAAAACGUACUUCAGUGAAGGUCACAGCAUCCAGGAGACUAGAGACAGAAUACAGCAAGUGGACCUUCAGUCUUCGCAGUGCCAUGCUGGAAAUUGAGAACAAACUACACAACAAAAUAGAAAAUGAAACAAUUCAUGAGAUUCAGGAAACAGAUCUUGAAAGAGAACUAAAUGAGAGAAGUGAAGAAAUGAAAAAUGUAAUGUCUGAUUUCUUUGAGAAAAACAAAGAUAAAGAGAUACUGAUUCAAUGGAAAAAUUCAUUUGAGAUAAAAAUCAAAGAGCUUCAAGAAAACAUUGUGAGAGAAACAAAGAGGAAAUUAAAUGAUAUUCUUCAGCAGCGCGACAUUAAGAAAGAGAUUGGUGCUCAGAGGACACAUCAUGGAAACACUCUCUUUGAAAUAAGCAAAGAACUUGCCUUAAAACUCAAAGACAAAGCAAAUGAUGAAGAAACACUGAAGAAAGAGUUUGAUUCCUUUUGGAAACAUUGUGUGGAUGAAAUCAUCAGAGACACUCCUCCAAUCAAAGACACUGACAUAUUAAGAGAUGUGAAACAUCUCCUCAGUGACAUCUAUAAGAUUUCUCCUGUAGACCCCUGCAAGGAGAGCAGAGAUGUUUUCUCUGUGCAGAUUAAUUCAGAUUAUGUACGGUCAAAGAAAUACAAUAGAUGUACAGGAGGUUAUAUAAAUUCCAACAUACUUGUACCAGCUGUAGAUAAAUAUUGGGAGUGUUUCAUUUUGUCUAAAGAAGCUGAAACCCAAAUAAGAACAUUAGUCAAUGAAAUUGCUCAGGAAACAGACAAAAUGAUCAUGUCAUUUAACAUUGCAAAGAUGGGCUACAACAUCAGCUACAUUCAUGAACUCACAGAAUACAUCAAGGCAAGAUUAAUAAAACAUCAGGAAGGACCAGAGAGAUAUGUGUUCACAAAUGAAUUCUUCAUGGAUUUGGUGCUUUCUAUCUGUAAAAGAGCAAACAAGACAUUCACUGACCAGCACAAACUGUUCAGAGACGCCAAUGAUCCUGUAAUAUAUUUUGAAAGGAAGAGAGAAGAGUACUACAGUGUUUUCCAGAAAUGUUGUCAAGGUGCAACAUCAGCUGUCAUUUUUGGUGAGAUCAUCUGUCAGAAACUGAAAGAGCCCAUCGAACAGAGUGUCUACAAAAACACUGCGAUAGAUUUAGCAGAUGAAAUGAGAACAAACUGUGAAUCACUGAAUGGAAACAGAUCUAAUCUGGAGAAACACAUCCUGAAGACACUGGCAGAAGAGGAGGAUUUUGACAAAUACAUGAACUACAUUCAGAAUCCCAAAGAUCACUUCAAGAGUUUCAUCAGAGAUGAAGUCAGUCAGUACAUCACUGAUAAGUUCAGUGUCAGUGUUCUGCCCAAGAUGAUGAAGAACAUGAAACUCCUGCAGCAGAAGAUCAUGGAAGCAGCUCAUGAAUCUACUGAACAUGUUAAAGUGAACAGUGGAGAUGAUGAAGCAGCUCAUGAAUCUACUGAACAUGUUAAAGUGAACAGUGCAGAUGUUGAAGCAGCUCAUGAAUAUGUUAAAGUGAACAGUGGAGAUGUUGAAGCAGCUCAUGAAUCUAUUGAACAUGUUAAAGUGAACAGUGCAGAUGUUGAAGCAGCUCAUGGAUAUUUUAAAGUGAACAGUGCAGAUGUUGAAGCAACUCAUGAACAUGUUAAAGUGAACAGUGGAGAUGUUGAAGCAGCUCAUGAAUCUACUGAACAUGUUAAAGUGAACAGUGCAGAUGUUGAAGCAGCUCAUGAAUCUAUUGAACAUGUUAAAGUGAACAGUGCAGAUGUUGAAGCAGUACAUGAAUCUACUGAACAUGUUAAAGUGAACAGUGCAGAUGAUGAAGCAGUACAUGAAUCUACUGAACAUGUUAAAGUGAACAGUAGAGAUGUUGAUUUGUGGUUGAAGUGUUUCACACAGAAGCUCUCAGAUGUGCUGAUUCUCUCUGAAAAAGACUUCAGUGGAGUGAGUCGUGAUGAUGUUGAUAUCAAACUACUAGAAGAUGUGAUCAGAAAAGAACUUCCUUCAGUUAUAUCUGACAUAAGCAGUAAAUUUAGUUCAGGAUCUUUUCCAGUGAAGCUGAACUAUAAGUACAGACCAGCUGAGAUUCUGAUUGAUCACUUCUGUCAGUGCUGUUGGGUUCAGUGUCCUUUCUGUAAUGCCAUCUGCACCAACACAAUAGAAAAACAUGAUGGAGAUCACAGUGCUCCUUUACAUAGAGUGGAUGGAGUUAAUGGCACAUAUUACAGUGGAACAACAAAUGUUUCUGUUAUCAUCUGCACAUCAGCAGUAGCAAGUGAUCGAUCUUUUCAUCCAAAAGGCCAAUAUCACUCAGUCCUCUGGAGAGAAUACAGAAGAGCAGGAGGAGUUUUUGCUAAAUGGAGCAUCACUACUGACGUCUCUGAACAGCCGUACUGGAAGUGGUUUAUGUGCAGAUUCCAGAAAGAGCUGGAAGAAUACUACAAUAAAACAUUCCAGGAGAAUGGAAAGAUCCCAGACAACUGGAGAAAAUACUCAAAACAGGAUGCUAUUGACAGUUUAGAUGAAUACAUGUAAUGGAGAAUAUGAAACAUGACACUCUCCUAGCUUCUUUAUAAAGAUAAAGUUUGAAAUGAGUUUCUCACUUUAGUGACUCUGAACACAUCUGUACAUCAACAGAGAAGCAUUUUACAGAGUAGACUAGUGAGAAAAAAAAAUAUUACAAUAAUUAUUGUAAUGUACUUACAAGAUGUAUUUGAUUAGCAGAGAAUUCACUUAUUGUUAAAAUACAUUGAAAACUCUGUGUAAGGAUUACGCUGGUGACCACUAGGAGUCACCAUGAAUGUAUUUUGUUCUCUCUGUGUCCUUUGAUGCAUUUUGGGUUUUGUAGUUCCUUUGCCUUGUCUUUGUUCAUUGGUUCUUGUGCUUAUUCGUGUCCGGUGUUCCUCGUUCCCUCCUUAAUUCCCUGUGUAUAUAAUCCCUGUGUUCCCCUGUUUUCAUGGUCAGUUCUUGUCCAUUUCUGGAUGUGUCUAGUAUGAGUUUCAGUUCUUGUGUUGGCUUUUGUAUUUUGCUCACUCUAUAAUAAACUGCACUUGGAUCCACAACUUCGGUCUCCGAGACUCCACUAUGUUACAGUUUGCCAAAUGCAAUAAAUAAAUAAAUAGAGGUGGCUCCUCUGCCUCAUAUUCGUAGAAAUUAACCCUGUGAAGUGAAUGUAUUUAGUGCUGUAUAAAUAACACAUGCCCAAAUGUCAACACUCAGAUGAAUAACUGUCUCCAAAAUCUUUUGUCCAGAAUCUCUUGUGCUUUUACAAUGCAACAAUAAA